UCUGCUAUACAAAUGAAGUAGUUCCGGUCCAGUGCCGCUAAACAGCCUAAGUAUGAUACGGCCGAGAAAGAAAUGAACACGACGCCAUCAAGAGAGUAGUUUUAUGAAUUUAUUGUACUGUCUCGCUGUCCAAUAAGAGGGUUUGUCGGAAAGAUCAAAGGAAGCCGACGGGACUUCAUAGCUGUCCCUACCUGUCAAUCUUUGCAUCGCAAGGAACUUCGAUCCACGAACUUCUCACGCAUUGAGGUCUGCAGAGCUGACGAAAUUAAUUAGUAUUUGCGAAGACUGGCGGGCGGUAAACGCUGCGUGAAGGCUGUAGCUGCUUGUUCGUUGUCAAGGAUGGAGGGCCCGACUAUGAGUUCCUAUAUUCCUAAUUCCUAUAACUCUAGCCUCGAACCAACAUCGCUCGGUUCGUGCAAUGGCGGACAGAUUCACAUGACGCCGAACUCUAGUUAUCCUUCAGUUCGGCAGCUACAGAACUAUUCCUAUUCUUCUUAUAAUACUCAGUCAAUGUACCCUCGUUUCCCAUCAUACGACAGAAUUGAUGUCCGCUCUAUGGGGGGCCACGUCCAAUCAAAUGACUUUUAUCGUACACAUGAGAACAGUAAUCCCAACAGCGAAAACUGUCGCCAGUUCGGCGAACGAAUACCGGAAACGGACGCCCCAGAAUUCAAUAGCUGCAAACUUAAUGGCGGACACGGGUACAGUGAAAAAGACACAGUUUCUGACUUGCCGCAGUCCGACUCCCCCAGCCCAUCACCCCAGGGGUCAGACGGUUACCCUGCGGGGUGCCCAAAUGAAACGGGUGGCGACACCGGAAGUGACAGCAACUCUACCUCAACACUUCCGGUUUACCCAUGGAUGAGGAGUCAGUAUGGACCAAACAGAAAACGUGGCCGACAAACAUACACUCGAUACCAGACCUUGGAACUGGAAAAGGAAUUCCAUUUUAACAGAUAUCUCACGCGCAGACGCAGAAUAGAAAUCGCGCAUGCGUUGUGCUUAACAGAAAGACAGAUAAAAAUCUGGUUCCAAAACAGACGGAUGAAAUGGAAGAAAGAGAGCAAGCAGAUCGAUCAACCAGGUGGUGACGGACGGGAUUCCGAUAAAGAGAAAUAAGCCAUCAUUAUACAACUGGCAGCGACAGACUGAUAGGGUUGGAAGUUCGACAGAUGCCACCGAAUUAGGCCACGCCCACCGCAUGCUGAUUGGUGGCUUGGUGUUGCGUGACAGUCAUGUGACGUAACUUGUCAUAGUUAAUGGUACUAUGCAUACAGUUGCUAGAAAGGCAGUCAGCCUUGAUAUCUACACGAGAAAAUGCCUUGCGGAGAAUUGAUGGAUUGGUCAGUUUAUAUCAAUUUCUUCAAUGCGAAUGAUUAUUGCAAUGUGCGCGUCGCCUUUGAAUAUAUUUAUCACCCUAUUUAAUUCAUAAUAUAACAUUUGGAAACAAAAUUAAUUUGUUGAACAUUUUGUGGGCAUAAUUGUUCACAAGAAUUUGAAUUAGACCUGUUGUAAAGUUAUGCAAAAUGGAUGUAAGCAUUUUAUGUUUUUUAUGAUUAUUAUGACAAUGAAAUAUUGUUAGACAUCUCCUCUUUAUCCAGAAACUCUGGGGAGUCUGCAUUUACUCCGUUCAUUGAACAAUUAGCACUCUAAACCUUGAAUGCUGGUGGAAAAAAUAACAAUAAUUCACUUUGAGAUGUUAAACUUUUGUACGAAAAUAUGAAAUUUCAUAUAGUUUAAAAUGUCAUCGCCCGACUAUAACCUGUCUCGGUUAUACGAAAAUAUCAGAAAAUAUUUUCAUGUAAGUAGAUAUUUGAUUAGCUAGCCGUUCAACGAUGAAUCGUGCGAUGAAUUAAGUUAAAAAUUUCUUGGGUUGAAUCAUUCUAAUAAAUAGUUCAUUCUUUAGAGUUUUGAAAAAACAACCUUUUCCACCAAGUCACAUAGCUAUUCAACAUUCCAUUAACAAGAACAGAGGCAAGUGAUAUUGCAUCAUUUGCUUUAGUGAGCCUUGAAUUGUGUUCUCAUCAAAGCAUUGCAUGGAUAAAUUAACUCACUCUAUAAUUCAAGAUUUGACAAUUAAAUUUUAAUUUGAUUCCUAAUUUAAAAGUACCACACGUACCUCAAAUUCUUUGAUCUUCCAUGGAAAAUGUCGUCUAACGCCCGUAGAGAUGACACUUGAAUUCUAAAACCAAAGAUUAAAUUUCAGGUUGAUUUAUUUUAUAAAAAAAUGUCGGUUGCAUUCCAUUUAUAAAUUCACAAUCCAUCAUUUCUAACGUAAGCGGAACUACAUACCAAAGACAAGGGACUAUUUUUUCUAGUAUUUCUACGCGGUUGAAAGGGUACUCGUCUCGGUCUUAAAAAGGGUAUAUAGUAAAUGUUAUGUUUUAAGUAAUUCAUUUUAUUGUUGUUAUUGUACUGCAUUUCAUAUGAAUGUUUAUAAUUGUUAUUGUAAUUGUGUAUAUGUUUGUCGAGAUGUAUAUGUGUUGUGUCUUGUCUGUAUUCAUGAAUCCAUUGCCUAAAUAUCCACAAUCACAAAUCAUAUCAGUUAGCUAUUUUGCCAUAUUUUCACGAAUUAAUUAAUUAAUGUAUGUAUGUUUUAUUGUUAUACACAUUAAACCACAUACUGUAAACAUUACAAUGCAUUGGGUCAACAAUUUCGUUAUUUUCCGUUUUUAAGUUUAAGAUUUAUGAAAUUGAAAAGAUGUUUUACAUGUAAAAACCCCACCGAUUUUACUUCCAGGUGAGAUUAUGUGAGUCCAUGCUUUACUUAGUUAUCUGAAAUUAAUUAAAUUUAAUAUUAUCUAAUUUAAUCAAUUUCACAAUUAUACGGACAAUUGUAGAAGUGAAUUGGUCAAUUUUAUAAAUAUAUAACCUGUGCUCAAUUUACUUAAAUAUAUCAAUUUAUCACAUAAACGCUGAAUAUUACUAAACGUUGAACGAAAUCUUGAAUUCUACUGCGUAUACCGAAACGUACUGUACAGCAAACAAACCUACUAUACCACAAAGAAACAGGUAUACAUCUAAUGUGCAACACAUGUCUAGAAAGUAAUAGAGGUAGAUGUAGUUUCAUAAUGUCACAAUUGGAAGAGAAUUGCGAGAAAUGCAAUUCCACGUUACCUUCAAAACGAGAAUGUUGUUACGAUAUUAUAAAUAUACCAAACCGCUUGGGCGAAAUAGAAUAUCAUUUAAGCAUUGUUGGCUUCUUGUAAAUAAGCGACAUUAAACCUGCUUAAGAGUAGCUUCACUUGCUUGACCAAUAUCGCUUCCGUAUACACAAAUUGUGGCUUAAAUCUUCAUGUUUUUAAUGAAAUAGCUACAGCCAAAGAACGAUAAAGUGCCAUAGUUUAUGACUGAGAACUAUAUUAUUGUAGACGUUUAGCUUGAAAGUGCUACAACUUGGCUACAUUUGGUCACCUCAGGGGAUACUAUCAUAGCAUUUGUUUGUGUAUGAAUAAUUCAAACGCACCACGCAUUAUUUACAGCCUUAACCAAACCGGCAUUCUGCGACUGCUAAAGCCACGCAUUUUAUUCUUGAGAUAUACUUAAGAUACUUUUUUACCGGUUUCAAUCAUUUACAGAUUAAAUAGAUUUUCAACGAAUAAAUUCUUUUAUCACUCAGUUUUCUCGUGCAUUUUGGCUGCGAUUGGUCUUCCAAAUAAUAGUUUGUCAUAGUCAUUUGAACUGAAAUAAUUCAAAUGUAAUGUUUGUAGUCGACACAAACAUAAAUAUGUAUUCUGAAACAAACAUUAAUAGAUAAACAAAUGCUUUUAUUUUAUUUUUCAUUUAUUUCUGUUUCGGUUCUUAAUUAGUUUACACAAGUUAUCAAAAAUGAGAUAGAUAGAGGAAUCUGUUUCUUUUUGUGUUAAACACUGCCAUGCCGCUGUAGGCUAACCACGGGCAAUAUGUCUGGCUAGAUGGACCUAGUGUUGUAUCUUAUUCUGUGAUAGUUUUUGCUUGGCAUUCUCAAAUUCAUCAUGCAUGUCUUACAAUAGCAAUUCGCUCUUGUCACUUAUUGUUUAUAUAUGCAAUUGCAUAUAUUAUUUGCUACAGAAUAAACUAUGAAAUAGAAA